AUGCGCUCUUUGACGCUUGAUGGCUGCCGGCUAGAGCGCUGCAUCCCGCUGAAAUCUUCACAAUUUGUCGCAUUACGGCGGUAUUCUCGAGGCUCGCCGGCAAAGACUAAAUCACAACCGUCUCAAGCACAGCUCCUUCGCUUUGCCCUCACUGGCACCACAUGCAGUGGAAACGGUGACAAGCUUGAUAAGAAGCUCGAUGAACGUUUAAUUUCACAGUUCCAGAACAGCUGGAUACCAAAAAGAUCAAAGACCAUCGAUACCAUAUCACAAUCCUUACCGACGAAUGUUGCUCUUCCUGGUUUCACAAAAGGAGAUGGAGUGUCCAGGUUACAAGCGGAUAUUGAAACAUUUAUUAACUCAAAAGAGGCCGGAAUUAAGCUUCUAAGCUCGAUUGAACCGCUCCAAAAUGCGUUAAACCAGUGUCAAACCAGGGUGGAGAGGGAGGAUAUACUUGCGACUGUAAAUGGUCUUCUGGCAAGGUUAAGACGACUAAGAGUCAAGGAUACAAGCCAGUUACUCCUUUUGGGUAUGAGCUAUGCAGCAGAGAGCUUUUCGCCAGACUCGUUAGCUCAUUAUGUACGACAGUACUCCAUAGGAGGAUACGGCUUAUUACCACAGCCUAUCGGUUUCAACCUAAUAAUUUCGCUUUUGAACGGGUUAGAACGUCGCUCUUGGGAGGAUCCAAAUAUUGACAGGUCUGCAAUGCUGAGAGUGGUUGCUGGACUAGAAGAUGAGCGGACCACCACUGAGACCCUCCAUCCACUGUUGGGAAUCUCUCAUAUCAGGGAUAACAAGCUGGUACCGAAAUAUAUACAAUUACUUGGCGAAUUAAAGGGGAAGCAAAUAGUUUCUGAACUCUGGUAUAAAAUUGAAGGUGAACUUGAAGCUGGACAAAACGCGGUGGUUAUUGAGGGAGCUAUUGCUUCCAUUAAAGCUUUCUUAAAGCUAGAUACCCCGGGCCGUGCUCUUUUAGCUGCGCAGAAAUCUUCAAAAUAUAUCGACUUGAACGAACAUCUCCCGAUCAAAUCUUGGAAGACCCUUUUAGAGCACGAUUCGCAAGGACUUCUACGCUCCGUGGUUGCUCCUCGAACAACUGCUACUAUGCUUCAGCGCGACCUGAGUUCUCUCGAAUUUAUACUGGGUGCUACUUGGGUUAACGGGGGGGUCAGCCGCCACAUCCAUCCACAUAGUACGGGGCAGCCUUUGGAUACUAGCGCGGCUAACAGUGGCUCCGCUUCCAACUGCGAUCGCUCAAAUUUUACUUCCAGUAUCAGUUUUAUUCAUCAGAUAUGGGCAGCAAUGCAAACGGAUGGCUGUUCUAGGUCCCAGAGUGGUCUAUCAGCAAUUGCCGAUCUAUUGAAUGAGUAUGAAGGAAUUGAAGUCCCCUUGCAAAUGCAACCAUUCGACAAUAUCGAAAACCUCGAAUAUGCGUGGUUGCCUGCUUGCUCGCCGCUUGAAUUUGCCGGCAAUCGCCCUUCUUUGGAGCGUAAUAUAGAUCAACCGCUCUCUCCGGCAUCGCUGGGGCUUGUUAGCGUACAUGUUGAUGGGAAUGGAAAGCCUGUACGAAGUCUUGGGACUGUUCCUCUCAUGCAAUUGGGAUAUAUUGGGGUUCGAGCAUCAACGACGAACAUCGCUAGCAAUUAUAGUGAUAUUCCAGAGGAACCUAUGGAAAGCUGGAGGAGUACAGGGCAUAUAAUUGCCUGGGAUAGACAGAGUGGACAGCUAGUAAUACUGUGGGUUGGAAAGGGUAGUGGAGCAAUAGAGCCAGGGCUGGUUAAACCCAUCCCGCCGCCAGAACUCCCUUUCAUAUUCGGAACAAUUAUGUUUACCGAGGCUGAAACACUCAUUCUAUCCCAAUGUGACAGUCUGGGGCCCCUUAACAACGAACAGCCUUAUUGGGUUGACGUUGAUGCCGGUAGUGGCCUGAUACCAUGA